AUGAGCUGGGGAUUCCUGCGAGAUAUUCUAAGUGGUGUAAAUAAAUACUCAACAGAAAUCGGCAGAGUUUGGCUGGCUAUUGUGUUUAUAUUUCGUGUCCUUGUCUACGUUGUAGCUGCCGAACAUGUCUGGAAAGAUGAACAGAAGGAGUUUGAGUGUAACAUCAGACAACCUGGCUGUGAAAAUGUCUGCUUUGAUCAUUUCUUCCCAAUUUCCCAAGUCAGGCUUUGGGCCUUGCAACUGAUCAUGGUUUCUACGCCAUCACUUCUAGUUGUACUCCAUGUCGCUUAUCGAGAAAGCAGGGAAAAGAGACACCAUACAAAGCUUUAUAAGAACCUGAGAAGUAUUGAUGGGGGAUUGCUCUGCACCUAUCUCAUCAGCGUCUUUUCCAAAACUGGAUUUGAAAUAGGCUUCCUCUACUUGUUUUACAAGCUGUAUGGAGGAUUUGAUGUACCCCGCCUUGUGCAAUGUGACACAAGCCCUUGUCCUAACACAGUUGAUUGCUACAUAUCCAAGCCUACUGAGAAGAAAAUUUUCCUGUACAUUGUGGUGGUGACAUCCUGUUUGUGCAUAGCCUUAAAUAUAAUUGAAUUCAUCUAUUUGAUUUUCAAAUACUCGGUCAAAUGCUGCUUCAAAAGUGAAUGUAAAACAACAAAUUCUAUGGCUCACAAUGGUACUACUGUGUCUCUUGACCAAGAUUCACCCAGAAACCAAGGAGAUGAAAAAUAUUUGGGUCACUUCCAACUAUAA